UUUCAAAAGCGUUUUUAAAUUACUUUUCCUUUAUACACUAAAACAGAAUAAUUGCUCCUAAGGCUGGUGAAUUGUGAAGCUAAAUGAAAUAUAAUAUUAAGAAUACUCAUUGUGAACUAAUUACAUAAUGACUGACAACUUUUGGACAUACACAAAGAACUUUUUCGGAUUUCGUGCAGAUAGAAAUUGCAGUAUCGCAGGACCUGGAGAAGUAGCUUCUGAUCAAUGUCUUGGAAGAAAGAGGAAAGCUUCUAAGUCGUGCCCUACCUGCCUGGCUUCCUACUGUGAGACUCAUAUCCAGCUCCACUUGGGGGAUCCGAUUCUGAAGAGACACAGACUGGAGGCACCAAUUAGUAACCUUCAGGAGAGAACCUGUCUGAGUCAUCGUAAACCGCUGAAGCUUUUCUGUAGGACUGACCAAAAGUGCAUCUGUGAGAAGUGUGGGAAUACUAAACACAGGAGGCACGAGCUGGUAGAUCUGGAGACUGAAAUUACAGAGAAAAAGUAUCAGGUGGUUACAACACAGAGAGAAUACAAGCGGAGAGUUGAGGAGAGAAAAAAGAAGGUGAAGAAGAUGAAGCAAACUGUGCAACAACUGAGGAGUUCUGCAGAGAAUGAAAUUUUCGCAUGUGAGGAAAUAUUCAGGUCCAUCAUUCAAUCUACUGAGAGGCUAAAGUCAGAGGUGACUGAGUUGAUUCGUGAUCACGAACAGAGGGAAGCGAACAAAGCUAAUGAGUCUAUAAAGACACUGGAUAAGGAGAUGAAGGAACUGGAGCAGAGAGACACUGAGAUAACAAAACUUUCAAACACUGACAACCCCAUUCAAUUACUCCAGAACUUCCCAACUGUCUGUGUCCCUCCAACAGAUUCACACAUGCCCAAUGUCAACAUCAAUGUGGAACUUUUUUCUAAGACUCUACAGAAGGACCUCUUAAAUCUUAAAAGGAGUCUUCGCAAAAUCAACGUUUGGAAAUUUGUUAAACCUAAAGGUUAUGAUGAUCCUGUUGACAUCCUUCAAAAUAUGUGUACAAGAAAUUUCCUUUUAAAAUAUUCUUGUCAGCUUACAUUCAACCCCAACACAUUAAACGAACACCUCCAUCUGUCUGAAGGAUACAAAAGGGUGACAUUUGGAAAUAAGAUUCAAUAUCCCAAGCAUCCUGACAGAUUCAACUACUGGUCCCAAGUGCUGUGCAGAGAAGCUCUCUCCGGGACCCGGUUAUACUGGGAAGUGCAGUGGAGUGGAGAGAUCGAAAUAGGAGUUGUGAAGGAAAUCAGCAGGAGGGGAAAUGGCAACGAUUGUCGUCUGGGAAGAAAUGUCAAGUCCUGGUGUUUGAGAUGCUCUGCUUCCCGUUACUCUGCGUGGCAUGAUAACAAGGAGACCCCACUGACUGCCCCUGGAUGUGAUAGAGUAGGUGUGUAUCUGGAUUGUCCCGCUGGCUUGCUCUCAUUUUUUAGUGUUUCAGAUACCAUCACCCGCCUAUAUACAUUCAAGGCUUCCUUCAUGGAGCCGCUUUAUGUGGGGUUUUGGCUUGGAUUUGAAUCGAGUGUAAUGAUCUUGAAAGAGUGAAACCGUUAACCACCAUUUUAUUCCCAUCAUUCCUAGUGGUAGAAAGGUUAAGGCAAUGGAAAAAUGAGGGAGCCGAUCAGCAGCAGGGUUUCUUAUAAAGAGGAAGCAAAUUUUACAUUUUUUUGAUGAAUUUGGGUGAAAAUAAUGCUUUCUGAAUUGUGUGGAAAUAAGAUUUGUAAUAUUUAACUUUGUGAGGGGUGUUGAUAUAGGAAUAUAGGAUUAUUUAGAUAAGAUGCAGCUUUAAAGUGAAUAAAAUAUGUAAACAAGAAUUUUCAGCUCAUAAACUCCCAUCAUCCCUAGUGUCAUCAAGGUAAAGUCAAUGGAAAAAUAAAGGAGCCGAUCAACAGCAGGGUAUCUUAUACAGAGAAAGCAAAUUUUACAUUUAUUGAUGAAUUUGGGUGCAAAUAAUGUUUUUUAAAUUGUGUGGAAAUAAGACUUCCAAUAUUUAACUUUGUGUGGGGUGUUGAUAUAGGAAUAUAGGAUUAUUUAGAUAACAUAUAAAAACAAGAAUGUUGACUCUUAAGGAAUGGCUAAUAUUAUAAUCAUUGUAUAUGUAACAGGAGUUUCACAUGGCUGGGCUUAGCAAGUGCUUCUAGGCAGCAUGUUAGUCAUCGGACAUAUUGCAGAUUAAUUUGAGGGCUGACUAGAAAUAUGCAAAUACAAAAGCAAACACUUGUAUAGUGCCAUGACUAUAAAUUCUACAAGAUAUAUGCUCAGCAAAACUAACUAGUAUGUGCUUCUACGAAGAUAUAAAAUAAGUGAUCGGGACCUUUUACUUUAGCAGGACCAUGAUAUUCAUAUAAGCUACAUGGUAGUGACAAGAGUAGCUUCACUGACAAAUAACAAAUCUGCAGGUUAUCAGAUGUCUGAUUUUUAGCUUAAUUCGACUCUUGCUUUAUGUCAAUUAGUACUUUUCCAAAAGAAAAACCUUAUCGAGACAUUAUAUAAAAGAAAUAUUUAGAGAGCACUUUCUGUGACAUUGUUGCUGAGUUUGCCACUUCCAACAGCAACCCAACAAUUACAAACAUCUCAACCGGCUUAUGAAGAAAAAAACUGUGGACUUGCGUAACUGCUCAGUGUGAACCUCCUGACAUGAAGCUUACUGUGUGUACACUGAUUUAAAUCACUCAGCUUGUAUGUUUUCAUUUAUUUAACUGCUAGUUUUGAUUAUGCCUGGUUUCUUUGCAAAUAUUGUAAACAUAGAGCUUAAGGUAAAAUAAAGUUGGCUAUUGCCUCAUUGAAUCAAA